UGUACAUGGAAUGUGCAGUAGGAAAUGCUAACCGCAUUAGCUAACCAUCCAUAUCGAGGUCUCCACUCUCACCGGCACACGAAUUGUCUAAUUCUGGAAUCAUCAUCAGCCAAAAUGAGUGCUGCUCCCAACCACAGACGGACCAAGCCUGGUGGCGUGAAGACAGGCUACCCAGGCCAAGCUCCCUCCAACGGGGUUACGGGACCCACUUCCCAGAUCCCCGGGCUGUGCCAGGAAGCCACUGAGGGUGCUCUUGAGGCCAGGACCAGCGGAAGGCGUGUGGGAAUAUUCGACUCCGACUCCGACUAUGUCAAACUUGCCAAAGGAGGGGGACAGAAGGGUUUACUGUGGCAUGAGGACAACAAGGAGGAGGCUAGGCCUAAUAAAUCCUACAACUCGCCUGAUUGGUUCUCAGCUGAAUCUCAGAGCGGAAGUAAAGCAGCAUCCCCUGAUGAUUGUCAAGGAUACGGCAAAAGGCAACCUCUAGCUGCUCCCUUCGGUACUGAUGAUAUUUCAGCCUGGGAAAGGGAGAGUGAUAGCUAUAAAGAGAAGAACCCCACAGUCACUGAUGCGUCCAGCCAAAUGGAGAACAUGUCUCUAAGCCAAGGUGGUUAUAUGGAGAUCAACAAAUACAAGAAGACUCAAAGUGAUUUUACUAUGGACAGGUCCGUUGAGAAGAAAACUGCUCCUGUGAGCAUGUCCAAGCUGCUGAGCUUUGGCUACAUAGAGGAUGAGAAGAAGUCCACCAACGAGGAUGACUGCUCAAGUGUGACCUCUGAACAGACGAGCACCAUCGCACCUGAGGAUGAAGACCUGGAAUAGGGAGGAGAACAGAAGAGGUCCAUCUGGGGUAGAAAACAACAGUGGAUACACACACCCACACCUGCCAUUCACUCUACGGUCUGUUCUCUCUCUCUCUCUCUCUCUCGCUCUCUCUCUCUCUCUCUCUCUCUCUCUCUCUCUCUCUCUCUCUCUCUCUCUCUCUCUCUCUCUCUCUCUCUCUCUCUCUCUCGCUCUCGCUCUCUCUGAGUGACACACUUUCUCUCAUUACCGUACAUCCCAACUGUUAUGUUUUGUAAUUAUGCAACGGUACCUUCUCUGUUCAUUUAUUUAUUGAUUUAUUUAUUUUGUCUUUAGUUUUUUUACUCCGUGUAAUGUUGUUCUCAGACCACCGACACAGCUUGUUGAUGCUCGUCCUGUUUAUAUUAUCGUUGUUGAAUUGGAAGAUGAUUUGUGUGACUAUGAAACAGUACUGUACACUGGAGUUUCUAUUUGUGGUGUAAAAAAAAUGGUUUGGGUGCUGUGAAGAUUGUUUGUGAACAAGGCCCACUGUACGGACACACAAAGGAGAUGUUUGUGGCUCACGCUAUUCAGCUCCCGUGUUGAAUAGGAUCGGAAAGCUCUGCCAAAAAAAACAUGGAAACAUGGGUGCUAAGUGAUUCACUUGUCAUGGGAAGGCAGACAUGGUUUGGAAUGGAAGACAGAAAUGCCAAUGAAUCUACUUCAAUUCUAUCUCAUACCAGGAUAUGGUUCAGUGUUAUGAAGUUAUGGUGGCCAUUGAUUCCAUAGAUAAGAUAGAAACCUUUUGUGAUAUUCUAACAACGGUGUCGAUUCAUUCUACAUAUUUAGGGAAUAGUGGCAAUUGUAUCGUGCAAUGAUAUUGUUUGCUUUGAAGUGAAAAUGGUUUUGCUUUGCCGUGAAGGUAGGGCUAGGCGAUAUGGCCAAAACUAUAUCACUAUAGUUUACAACGGUACGGUGUUAUUUGACUGUAUUUUAUGUUUCUGAAUAAUACAAGAUCCAAAUGUGUUUUAUUAUUAGUGCAUGAGACUGGAAUGGCAACAAGUUAUUUUAACAGGCUUUCUUCAUUACGGUUUUAUUCUUAAGGACAAAAGUGACAGUGAAAUAGUCCAAUGUGUUGAACUGUUCAGUUAUUUAGCACUUAAUAAAAACAUUUUUUUGUUUUGAUAGAUGACAUGUUGAUCCAGACCGGGUAUUCAUGUGGCUUGGAGACAUUUUCCACUUAGCGCAGUAAAUAUACACAGUAAUAAUCUUCCCUAGUUUUUCAUUGAUGGAUAGGUCCACUUUAUUAACACAGUCAAUGUGUUAUUCUCACAUCUUUCUUAAAGUGAUGAGUGAAUAUGUCAUUAAAAUAAAUUAGCAUGUGCCUGGA